AUGCCUACCAACGGGCAUAGGAAGGAGCCGAACGGAGAAGACGGCCUACUUAAUGGCUCAUCGACCCCGGAGAAGACGUUGCGGCGCGCAGAAGAGACAGACGACUUGAUCAACGCCGUAAAGUCCCUCAUCAUCCCCUACAUCAGGGCAGCAGACGAAGCAGCAGACACCAAAGCAAGCGGUUGCCCUCAGCGAGAUUCCAAUGGCUGUCCGCGGAACGCACUCGUCGAGCCGUACUCCCCCUCCGAACUCGUAGAGCGCCUCGGGUUCUCGUUGCCGCAGGACAAGGGACAAGGCAAGGACGGCCUCAUGACGACUAUCCAGGAUGUCCUGCGGUACAGCGUCAACACGUGGGACCAAGGGUUCCUGGACAAGCUAACAGCCAGUACAAACGCCGUGGGUGUGGCAUCGGAACUCGUGCUGGCCGCGCUCAACACAAACGUCCACGUCUUCCGUGUCUCCCCCUCUCUGACCGUCGUCGAAAAGGUCACGGCGCGCACUCUGGCGUCUUAUUUCGGCUUCGAGGGCCCCCACGCCGGCGGAAUCACCUGCCAGGGCGGCAGCGCUUCGAACCUGACGUCGCUCGUGACGGCCCGGGGCGUCCUGUACCCCGACACGAGGCUGCUGGGCUGCCAGGGACACCGAUUUGCCAUCUUCACAAGCGCACACGGCCACUUCUCGGUCGAAAAGGCCGCGGUGACCUGCGGCAUGGGCACGUCAAGCGUUGUCUGCGUGCCGGUAGACAAGGCCGGACGCAUGAUGCCCGCGGCCCUGCGGUCUCUGGUGCUGGAAUCCCAGACCCAAGGCAAAACGCCGCUGUACGUCAACGCGACGGCGGGAACGACGGUCCUGGGGGCGUACGACCCGCUCCGCGAGAUCAGGGCCGUGUGCGACGAGUUCGGCAUGUGGCUGCACGUAGACGGCUCCUGGGGCGGCUCCGUGUGCUUCUCGGCCAAGCAGAGACACAAGCUGGAUGGCGCCGAGCUGGCCGACUCCAUCGCCAUCAACCCGCAGAAGAUGCUCAAUGUGCCCAUGACGUGCUCGUUCCUGUUGACAGGCGAUGUGCGCAGGUUUCACGCCGCCAACUCCCUGCGCGCUGGGUAUCUCUUCCACGGGGAGGAGAGCGAUGAUGACGUUUGGGACCUGGCGGACUUGACGUUGCAGUGCGGGCGGAGGGGCGACAGCUUGAAGCUUGCGCUUGCCUGGGUCUACUACGGCUCCCGUGGCUUCGAGCAGGGCAUUGAUCAUGCUUUCGACAUGGCGCAGCGGCUGGCUACCCUGGUGGACAGGUCGCCUGGCUUUGAGCUCGUCUCGACAAAUCCGCCGCCGUGUUUGCAGGUUUGUUUUUACCAUGCGCCUGGUGGCCGGGCCCCGGACGAUGCUGAGGAGAAUACGAUGCGCACAAGGGAAAUGGUGCAGAAACUGGUGGUUCGAGGCUUCAUGGUUGAUUUUGCGCCCGGCCCGAAAGGCUACCUGUUCAGAGUCGUGGUGAACUGUCAGACACUCGAGGGAACUGUGGAUGGUCUUUUCAAAGCUCUGUGUGAUGUUGGGCGAGAUGUUUCUGGUGUAGACGAGAACAAGGUCUCUGCAUGUAGUUAG